AUGCGUCGCGGCGUCAUCAUCUUUCUGCUCGUCAACUUCCUCAUCCUCUCCUUCCUCGUCCGCAGCGUCUCGACCUUGCUUUCCUUGCUCAUCGAAGAUGCCUCGGCCGAUUCCAUCCACCGCGCCGAGCUCCCCUCGCCCAAUUCCAGUUUGAUCGAACAACGCCCCCAGAUCAUUCCCAAGAUUAUCCACCAGACCUACAAGAACGAGACCAUUCCCGAGGUCUGGAAGGAUGCGCAACGGAGUUGUAUCGAGUUACAUCCGGAUUAUGAAUACAUCUUGUGGACGAAUGAAAAGGCGCGCGAGUUUAUCGCCCACGAAUAUCCCUGGUUCCUCGACACCUUUGACGGCUACAAGUUCCCCAUCCAACGCGCCGAUUCCAUCCGAUACUUCGUCCUCGCCCACUACGGCGGCACCUACAUUGAUCUCGACGAUGGUUGCAACCGUCGCUUAGAUCCUCUCCUCGCGUACCCCGCCUGGGUGCGCCGCACCGCGCCCACGGGGAUAUCCAAUGACGCCAUGGGCUCGGUCCCCCAACACCCGUUCUUCCUCCGCGUGAUCGAGCUGUUGCAGUCCUACGACCGCAGCUGGCUGCUCCCCUACAUCACCGUCAUGUAUUCCACGGGCCCCCUCUUCCUCUCCGUCAUCUGGAAGGAGUACAUGCAUGAGCGCAUCACCGAGGCCGGGCGCGUCCGCAUCCUCAUGCAGGACGAGUACAACCGGUACUCGUGGAGCUUCUUCACCCACCACGUCGGCAACAGCUGGCACGGGUCCGACGCCCGGUUGAUCUUCUGGAUGGGCCAGCAUUGGGUCUUCCUCACCCUCCUCGGCUGUAUCCUGGCCGCCACGGUCGGGUUCGCCGUGUGGUGGAUGUACGGGCGGCUCAUGCUGCUGGGAUCCAAGUACCGCUACCGGUACACCAAGAUCCCGUCGUUCCUGUCGGGGUCCCGCCGCUCCUCCCCGACGCGCCGGGGCGUCAUGCCCACCCUGUUGCGUCGGUCGAGUCCCUCCGCCUCCUCCGCUCCCCCCUUAUUCGGCCCCCCCGCCCACGAUCGCUCCCCAUCCGACGAUGUUCACACCAGCAAGAAGAGAUCCCGUCGAAAUUCCGGCUUCUUCGGCGCCCGGAACCCCAGCCCCGUCCCGGAUGCCGCUGCCAUCCCCCAGAGCCACCGCCGUGCCGGCACGGUCGACUCCCUCCUGGCUCCCAACGGGAUGACCACCCCUCACGAUACCCUUCGCCCCCGCCGGAAAUCCAUCCAGCAGAAGAAGCGCGCCUCCGUCUUCGGGUCCCUGCGGUCGCUGCACUCCCUCGAGGACGACAACCACUCCCUCAAUCGGUCCAAAGCCGCCUCGUCCCUCGUCCUCGAUGACGACGACGGCAUCGGUUCCAUGAUCCUCCAUCACGGCGAGGUCCAGACCACCGGCGGCAUGUGGCGCAAGAAGAGCCAGUACCUCGUCCUGACCGAGACCCACCUCGUCCGCUUCAAGAACCAGAGCAAGGCCGCCGACGUCUUCCCCUCCAUCCCCCCCUCCUUUGCCCGCACGGCCGCCAACCGGCAAUCCAUCGCCUCCGUCAGUUCCUUGCAGGACCCGCAGCUCGCAGCCUCCGCCACGGAUCCCGCCGCCGGCAUCUCCCUGCACAGCAUCGUCGCCGUCUACAUGCUCGACGACGGCCGCCCCUCCUCCACCGUCGAGGUCGCCUACCUCGACGACCGCGCCCACAAGGCCACCUUCAUCCAGAUGCAGACCCCCGAUCUCCAGGAACUCAGCCUGUGGAUGGUGGGGAUCCGUUCCGCCGCGGGGCUGGCCCGUGCGUCCCGCCCGCUCCCCUUCGACCCCAAGCCCCUCGAGUGUGUCACCCGCGUGCUGGAGCACGAGCGCGACUACGAUCCUCACACCUUCCGCAUGUUCCGCGUCAUCCAGAUGGCCUCGAGUAAGCCCUCGCCCACCACCGCCCGCGCCGCCGCCGCCGCCGCCGCCGCCCCCUCCUCCGACGACCUCACCAAGCUGUCCCCCACCGGCUGCUAUCUGGCCCUCGGCUCCCACAAGCUCCACCUGAUCCCGCUGCACAAGAUCGUCACCGGCCGCGGUUCCGCCGUCUCCCUGGCCGAUCUCGACGCCUCCGCGGCCGCCUCCUUCGGCCUGAUGAACCUGACCUGCCUGUCCAUGGAGUGGGGGGACGACAGCCUGCAUCUGACCUUCCGCGUCCCGCUGCGCCGCCCCUUCUCCGUCUUCCUGGCCUCUGUCCACUCGCUCGAGAUUGCCUGCUGGAUCCGUCGCCAGACCGAGUACCUCCGGCCCCUCUGGACCCGCCAGCCCUACGACUUCAUCGUCCCGCGCGACCUGCAGAACAACCAGAACUUCCCCCCCGUGGACCUCGAUGAGGACUACGGCUGCUUCGACCGCACCCUGGUCGCCUACUCGGCCAGCUUCGACGUCGACACCUCCAACAUCCGCUACACCAUCGACGACGGCCAGGGCGACGACGCCCCCGGCUUCCGCCUCCUGCCCCCGGCCGGCGCCCCCCGCCAGCGCUACUCCCCGCUGGAGCUGAUCGCCGUGAUGCGCACGCUGCGCUACAACGAAUCCUUCCGCUCCAUCUCCUUCGCCGGCGUGAGCCUCGACGCCCUCCAGGGCGUCCGCGACCCCCACGGCUUCGACACCGACCUGCUGCGGACCCGCGACGGCGACCCCGUCCACAUCCCGGGCCAGGAGAACCUGUCCGUGCUGUCGCAGGAGAUCCGCGCCCUGGCCCUGCAGAGCCGCUGGCUCCGGCGCCUGGACUUCGCCUACACCUCCGGCCGCAUUCCGACCGCCGACAGCGAGAGCCGGGACCCGGGAUGCGGCAUCCCCGAGGCCCUCUUCCCCGUCUGCCGCCGCGAGAUGACCAACGUCGACUGGAUCGUGCUGACCGGCAUCCGGCUGGGAGACUCGGACCUCGACUACCUCGUCGACGCGGCCUCCCAGCAGGGGAGCCACCUGCGCGCCCUCGAGGUCGGCCACUGCGGCCUGUCCGUCCACGACCUCGACCUCCUGCUGUCGACCACGGUCGCCCAGGGCGCCACGCUCGAGGCCGUCAACAUCGCCGGCGUCCAGGGCCGCCUCGACCCGGAUCUCCUCCGGCAGUACCUCGGCCACUUCGCCCACAUCCGGACGCUCGACCUGUCGCGCAUCGCGCGUGUGUCCGGCACCGAGCCCCUCCUCGCCGCCGAGACCCUGUUCCACUGGCGCCUGGAGGAGCUCUCCCUGAGCCGCACGGCCCUGAACCGCGAGUCGGUCGACGCCCUGGCCACCUACCUGGCCAGCGACCAGUCGCGCGGCCUGCGGGACGUCGCCCUCUUCCUGCACUCGAUGGCGCUCGCCGACGGGCCGCGCCGCCUGCACCUGCACGUGAACGAGAACCGCCUGGACCUGGGCUGCACCUUCCUGCGCGACGCGAUCGCCCAGGACAAGGCCCCGACCCACCUGUCCAUGCGCAUGAUCGACUUCAAGACGGAGGCGCAGUUUCGGGAUCUGGUCGAGGCCCUGCGGGUCAACCGCACCGUCACGCACCUAGACAUCGCCAAGGCCUCCCUCCCGGCCGACGCGGGGCCCGAGACGUGCCGGUCGCUGCAGCGGAUGUUCGAGGAGAACGAGACGCUCGAGGACCUGGACAUCAGCGGGGAGAGCGCCCACCUUGACGUGGCGCGGUUCGGCAUCGGCCUCAACCUGGCGCUGACGGGCCUGAAGCGCAACCGGACGCUGCAGGUGCUGCGGGUCGAGCACCAGAAGCUGGGUCUGCAGGGUGCCAGCACGCUGUCGACCGUGCUGGAGGAGAACCGCAGCCUUCGCGCCGUCCACUGCGAGAACAACGACCUCAACCUCCAGUCCUUCACCGUCCUGGUCAACGGGCUGCAGCGGAACCGCACCCUUCUGAGCCUCUCGGGCAUGGAGGGGGAUCGGGCCCGGUCGCUGGAGAAGGUGCGCCGCGAGGUCGAGGGGGUGAAGCGGGACGGCACCCUGGGGCCGAGCUCCUCCACGUCCUCCGCCACGAGCGCGAUCCGCCGGUCCCUCCAGGUGGCCAUGACCGGGGGCAGCGGCAAGCACGCGACGACGGGGUCGCGGCUGACCAAGCCGCCCUCCCACCCGUCCGGUCCGCUGCGGAGGUCGGGCCUGUCGGCGCCGGCCCACCUGGCCGCCUCGGAGACCACGCCCUUCCUCCACCACGACGUGGAGGUCAUCCUCCACGCGCUGACGCAGAAGUGGGACGCCGAGGGCGCGCGCCUGCAGCGGUACCUGUUCCGGAACUACCACCUGGCCCACGGGGGUGACGAGGCCGUCGCCGACGACCUCGACCUCGACGACGGUCGCAGCGACGGGCGUCCGACCACGGCGACCAGUCUCGCGACGAUGCUUGACCACCUGAAGUUCGAGGUGACCAUCUCCGCCGACGAGGUCGCGUCCUCCUCGCCGCCCACGACAGACCGGCUGCCGCCGUCGCCCCACCCUAGCGACGGGAGCAGCAACCCGAACUCGCUGGAGCUGGACGGGCGUCUCGACGGGGGUCGCCGAAUCGCGGUUGACGCCGGCCAGCGACCGCAGACGGCGCCGUUUGCCGGGCUGGCGGGGCCGGGAUCCGGUGCGGCAGGGGGCACGCCAUCCCGACGGCUGGCGGCGCCGGUACCCCCGCUGCCGGCGACGAUGUACAAAACGCGCAGCGUGCGCAGCGCGCGCAGCUCGAGCACGGUGUCGACGAGCACGGGCACGGCGGCCAGUGCGCGGAGCGCGUACGGGACGGCGUCCUCGACGCUGAAGAAUUUCCUGACGGGUAGCGGGACGAAGGAGCGACGACGGAUGGAGCAGAUGACGACGCCGGCGGUGUGCGUGUCGGACGAGGGGCCACCCCAGGUGGACUGGACGCCUCCCCACUGGAAUUGGGGGGAGUGAUCUUUCCCCCUCCCCUCCUUUGACCGGAUUGCAUGAAUGAUGAAUGAUUUCGCUAGUCGAAGUCUACAGUCUCUUUUUUUUUUUUCUUCUUUUUUCUUUCCCGAAUUCUCCUGGAGGGAGCAAUCUUGCUCCCGAGUGACAUUCCCUCCUUGUGUUUAGCCUGGUGUUCCAUGGCGCCUUCUUUCCUUUUCUUCCCUUUCUUCCUUUUCUUCCCU